AUGGCCAGUGCCGAAACCAUCGUUGUGAUAGGAGCAGGUGUGAUUGGCCUCUCCACCGCCCUGUUAAUCCAAGAGCAGUCGGGUAGCACGCAAUCCGUGCUUCUCGUGGCCAGGGACUUCCCCUCGGACACCUCCAUCAAUUACGCCUCCCCAUGGGCCGGAGCGCACUAUCGCCCAGUACCUGGAUCUUCACCACAGGCAUUGCGAGAAGCUAGUCAGGCCCUUCGGACGUUCAAUUACCUGAAACAAGUCGCUGCCGGCGAGCCAGCGGCCGGCAUUAAAUUCCUCCAAGGCAUUGAGCACCUGGAGACACCGCCGCCGGAAUACUUGGACGCGCAGAGCGUGUCCAAUGUCUAUCAUUUCGAGGACUUUCGUUCGUUGAAAGAUGACGAGGUCCCCGCUGGCGUCAAAUGGGGAGCCGAAUAUGGUACUUACGUGAUCAAUUCUCCUGUAUAUUGCGCAUACAUGCUGCGCAGGUUCAUCUUGAAGGGAGGAAGGACCCAACAAUACACCCUCGUGAAUAGUAAAGAGGCAUUUGCUCUCGCCAAUAAUGUGAAGACGGUGGUGAAUUGCUCUGGGACAGGAUUCGGCGACCCAAAAUCUUUCAUUAUUCGAGGCCAAACCUGCCUGGUUCGCAACCCCGUUUCCGCAACAAUCACCCGCCAGAAUGCAGACGGGGCCUGGUCCUUCUGUAUCCCGCGCCCACUAGAGGGUGGCACAGUCAUCGGCGGGACCAAGCAACCCCACGACUGGGACCCGAACCCUUCUCCAGAAAUUCGAGCCCAACUCCUCGCCAACGCCUCGAAAUGGUUCCCCUUCACCCCCGAAAGCGGGGGCCAAUUCGAUGUUAUCCGAGACAUCGUGGGGCGUCGACCCGCUCGUGAAGGCGGGAUGCGGCUCGAGGUGGAGCAAGUCGAGGAUGGGAAGAGCAUUGUCCAUGCCUAUGGUGCUGGUGGACGUGGGUUCGAACUGUCGCGGGGGGUUGCAGAGGAUGUGACUGCGCUGAUGCUGGAGAGUGGACUCCUGCGGGUCCAAGCCAAAGCAACUUUGUAA